AUGUCUCAUAAUUUAACUUCAAAGAGUCAAAAAGGAUUAGAUGAUGCCUUAAAAGCAAUAAAAGCCAGAAGUGGGUCAUUAAAUGCUAACAGUAGUAGCUCAUCUACCGUUGCAUCAGCGAAUAGCAAUAAUUCUCAAACUUAAAAUUAAAAAGUUUAAUCAGUAUUUGGAAAUAUUGAUGAUGACGAUGAUCAAGAUGAUACUGUUAUUUAACACGUGCCAUAAGGUGUUUCUGGAUAGUAAAAAAGAGAAUAUAAUUUCAGAGGACCGAAAAAUAAUAGAGGUUUUACAUCAAGCAGCUAUAUUUAAGAUGAAAAUAAUACAAAUCAUUCAAGAUUGCAUAAACCAGGACAUUAAUAUUUUGGCGACAAGCUACAAAGACUCAAAAAGCAUGAAGAAGAAUCAAAAAAUAAAUAAGAGAGUGAUUUGGAACUUUUGAAUUGCAGAUUAGAGCUUAAAAAAGUCAAAGAAUUAAUUAUAGAAGAAAGAUCUAAAAUUUUUGCAUGCACUCCUUGUAAGCGCAAGUUUUCUUCUAAAGAAAUGUUAGAUUUUCAUGAGCUUAAAUCAGAUUUACAUAAAAAAAUGUGUUCUGAAAAGACAAAAUGA